UGUAAUCCUUGCUCACCCUUGGUUGUAUGACACCCCCAAGCAUGGAGGUGUGUGUGUGAGAAAAAUGUAAUGUUGAUACGGAGACUGAAUAGACACAUAUGCGAGAGGGAAAACGGGGUUUACGGUGGAAAAGAAGCACACGUCGACUGACUCUCGCCCCCCGGUGAAUCCCAUGUGUUUUUUCGGGGUGGGUCCCACCCAAAAUAUCCGUAAUCCUGCAAUGGGCUGUGGGGCUCUACUGGGAAAAUCCUCUAGCAGCUGUUUAGAGAGCCGAAGAUAGGACCAAGACAUCGGACCGAGACAAACGAAGGCCUGUUCGCUUUUGUCCUGCGCUUCUCGGCCCGGUGUCUGACUCGUGCAAAUGCAGUGAAGCCGGGCGUCCGAGGAGAUAUUUAAAUGUUGAUAUCAAGUCUUUGUCAGAUAUCGUGGCAGUGAAUCGAUUUCUUCACAGCACCUCUGAGCGGAUGGAGUGAAUUGAGCAAAAAGGGGAGAGAGACAGACCGCAGUUUGGUUGCGUGUGAUGAUAGGAGACACAAUGACGCUCUUGUCUCUUCUGGGUCGGAUCAUGCGUUAUUUUCUCCUCAGGCCGGAGACAUUGUUUCUGUUGUGCAUCAGUCUGGCGCUGUGGAGUUACUUUUUUCACACGGACGAGGUGAAAACCAUCGUCAAGUCCAGCCGGGACGCCGUGAAGAUGGUGAAGGGGAAAGUGGCGGAGAUGAUGCAGAAUGACCGCCUGGGAGGCCUCAGUGUCCUGGACGCAGAGUUCUCCAAAACCUGGGACUUCAAGAACAACAACGUCGCGGUGUACUCCAUACAGGGGAGGCGAGAUCACAUGGAGGAUCGCUUCGAGGUGCUCACCGACAUCACCAACAAGAGCCACCCGUCCAUUUUUGGCAUAUUUGACGGUCACGGUGGAGAGGCUGCAGCUGACUACGUGAAGGCCCACCUGCCAGACUCCCUGAAACAGCAGCUGCAGGCCUUUGAAAGAGAGAAGAGAGAGAGCACUCUCUCUCACAGCAGCAUCCUCGAGCAACGCAUCCUGAGUGUGGACCGAGAUAUGCUGGACAAGCUCUCUGCCAAUCACGAUGAAGCAGGAACAACUUGUCUAGUAGCGCUGCUGUCAGACAGAGAACUCACAGUGGCAAAUGUUGGAGACUCUCGUGGUGUGUUGUGUGACAAAGAUGGGAACGCUGUUGCACUUUCACAUGACCACAAGCCAUACCAGCUCAAAGAGCGCAAGAGGAUCAAGAGAGCAGGUGGUUUUAUCAGUUUUAAUGGAUCUUGGAGAGUCCAGGGAAUCCUGGCAAUGUCCCGCUCUCUGGGGGACUACCCACUGAAGAACCUGAACGUAAUCAUCCCCGACCCUGACAUCAUGACCUUUGACAUGGACAAGCUGCAGCCAGAGUUCAUGAUCCUGGCAUCAGACGGCCUGUGGGACGCUUUCAGCAACGAGGAGGCCGUUCGCUUCGUCCGCGAGCGUCUGGACGAGCCUCACUUUGGCGCCAAGAGCAUCGUCCUCCAAUCUUUCUACCGCGGCUGCCCCGACAACAUCACCGUCAUGGUUGUGAAGUUCAAAAGUGGAGCUGGAGGGAAUAGUAAGGCGGGGGAGUAGGUCAGAGUCAAGUUGAGAGCUUAGAGAUCAAUGCUUUUCAAAAUAUAUUGGAUGGAGCAACGAGUGUUAUAUCACAGGAGGACUGGAGUAAUAUUGACACAGAACAGAAAAGUUCACACAGAAUAAAGACAGACGCACACAUGCAAAAACACACACAAAAUGUAUCUUUUAUUCGUAGGUUUCUGAAAAGGGCAUUUUAACACAAUACAUAUCUGCUGAUCUGAUGGUGAAUACAUUAAAAAUACUGAAGUUCUUCAAAAGUGGAGUCGAUAUACACAGGCCGACAGCAGACAGGGGAUUUCCUCUUAACCAGCACCCAUUAGACUGUGAUUGAUUUACUACUGUUUACUGUACAUGCACAUGAAUGCUACCGCUUCACUCGAGGCUUUUAAGUAGGGGCUACAAGUAGUGCCUAUUCAAGAGUUACUGUGCAAACACAGGAAGCUACUAAAAAGGUAUUUGCAAGAACACUGCAUUUUGAUGUUGCUCCCAAGUAAUGUAUCCAUCUGUUAUAUUUCUGAGAUGGAAAAUGUUGUCAAAUAUAAAAAGACUCCAGUGGAGCCAUACAUAUAUUUAACUUGAAGUGAUGCUGCUCCUUAAAUCUAACUUUUGAGUAUCAAGAACUCAAUGCCUGUAGACUUGAGAGGAAGAUGUUAACCAUUUACAGUUUCACCAUCUGGCUGCGGUUAGUCUGGAGCAGAGUGGUAGUGCGAAAACCAGUAGAACAAUAUGGAUUUAAAAAGCAACGGCCCCGAUUGUGUGUUGGAACGACUCUGACCAAUCACAAUAGGAGUACUGCUCUGUGGGCUGAAUUAUAUUAAACCCUGAGGCGCUAACACAUCUGUAAGAAGAAAAAGCAGACAAUAAAAACUGUAAGAGAAUGGCAGACCAGUCUUUGGUAAAACAAAAUGUGUCAUUCAAAAGCUUUUUUUUAAGUUAUUGGAUUUAUUUUCUAAAUGCCAUUACUAAUUCAUCAAUUAAAGAUGGAAUACGUAAACACAAUCAGUUAUUGGCUUGGAGCUUGAGGCUUUUUUAUGUCACUUUUUCGUUGAAAGCUGAAACUCCAAAGUUUUAUACUUUUCAAUAGCACAGACGGUUAGUGAUACUCAGAAGAUAGAUUUUGGAUAGACUAUUACUUUAACAUACAACACAUGCACACAGACAGUUAUGUUAAUAAAAAGCACCUUCAGAUGUUUAUUUUUGGAAUGGUAAAUGAUUGCACAUCAGCCAACGUAAACACUGUCUAUCCUCAAUAAUACAAGAGGGUUAUAAUGUAUGUAGAAACUGAUGUAGUUACUGAACUUCACCUCUUGAUACAGCAAUGUUAUUGAGCUAAUGUAAACUAUUCCAUCAAAGUUGUUUUACACCGUCUGAAUCAGGGCAUGUGCUUUGGCUUAUCCAUGUUCAUGAACAAAGUAGUUUGUAUCAAUGAACACUGGUGGCUGCCUUUGACCUGAGAAAUGCACGAAACAGGUGGUGCAUCAAACUUCCACAUCUCUGCUGCCAUCAGAAAAUGACUCAGAUGUGACACAUCAUGAACUGUACAGCCAGAAUGCUAGUAGCUAGAAAUAUAUGCUCCUGAAGCAAUACAACAACACCCUGUUAAGGAAGAAUACAAUAAACCAUUCUUUAUUUGCUACCGUUUAAUGUUCAACUAUGCUGUACUACUGUGUUUUAUGACAUUUGCAUCCAAUGAAAAAAGCCUUUUUUUAAAUUUAAUUUUACCUAAUGCCUUAUUUAUUGUUGAAUUUUUGGUUGUCUGGUGGAUCACCAAACUUCUAUUUGUUUUGUUGUCCUUCUGUACAUGAGCAGAAGUUAACAAUACAUAACUAAUCACUUUAAUUGAUUAGCAGUCAAUUAUCAAACAUGUUGAGCUGUGUAAAAGAAAAGCAGUGUAAAUACAUCCUGUAUGUAAACUCUGUAUUAAACAAACUCUUUCAUCUUCA